GCCACGAUGCAGUCGCGCGGCCAUCGACGAUGAGCUGGGCUAUGGCCGAGAGGAUAUCGGCCCGGGGGGCGAGGAUCCCGAGGGCCGCUACACCUGGGAGCGCUGUGGAAUGGAGGUGGUGGUGACGGCAUCAAUUGAUGAAGAUGUCACGAAGAAGGAUAUCUCUGCCGACUGGUCACUGCGAAAGGCUUCGUUGAAGAUCAAGGGAGAGGCGCUCUUUGAUGGUAUUCCUGGCUGCGAGCUGGAUGUGGAUGAAUGUUUCUGGGAAAUCGACGAGGACGACGACGGAAACAAGAAGCUCAUGGUCCACCUCAAGAAGAAGGGUACCCUGUCCCGGUGGCCGGACACCUUGCUGAAGGAUGGCUGA